ACAAUUCAUUUUGAACCCUAGCAGGGUAGCAGAGUAGUAGUAAUAAAUACAAAGUCUUGAAUUUAGUGUUUCCGAAAAUCACCCAUUUCAUUCAAUUCUCUACUCUCUCCAAUCUAUCACUCACACCGUAAAGCGUAGGAGUGGUGAUUGAUUCAGUUGUCAUGGAAGGUAAUCAUCACAAGAAUACUAUUUCGUCAAAUCUGCCUCCCGUGGAGGCAGAAACAUCAGGCGAUGGUUUGCCAUAUGCACCAGAAAAUUGGCCUGAACCAGGUGACACUUGGGGAUGGAGAACAGGGCGGAGAGUUGUGCCAAAUGGAUACUUUCAAGAUCGGUACCUCUAUCUCCCGAUUCGACUCCGUGCGAAGAACCGAGGUGGUUCAAGCCGCAAGCUAAGACACACUUUUCCUAGCAAGGUUUCCGUUGAGCGUUAUAUUAAAGAAUUGUCCCCUGACGCCGAUGUUGACGCCUUUUUCGCUUCAUUCAGCUGGAAGAUCCCAGCUAUACACUCUGCUUCAACAAACGGCAAUGUAGUGCCUAUACCUGCUGUACCUCUUCAACAGAUAGCAAGUGCAGAAGACGAGGACUCAGACACUGAUUUGGGUACUGACAUUGUUAAGUGUAAAGGUGGGAAUAAGAUGUGCGACAGCCUCAUGUUGGAAGAAGUAGAAAAAUAUUCACCAGCCUUGCCUUGUGAUAUAUGCUGUUCUGUACCUGAUUUUUGCCGUGAUUGUUGCUGCAUUCUUUGUUGUAAAACUGUUAGUUCCGCUUAUGGUCGCUACAGUUACAUCAAGUGCCAUGUAGACACAGGUGAGGGAAAAUGUGGUCAUGUUGCUCAUAUGGAAUGUGCUCUUCGUUCUCGCAUGGCUGGCACAGUUGGAGGAAGUAUUGGAUUAGAUGCGGAGUACCUUUGCCGACGCUGUGAUGGGAGGACUGAUCUAAUUUCUCAUGUUAAUGAGCUUUUACAAACAUGUAAAGCUAUUGAUUUGGAUGAUGAAAUUCAGAAAAAGAUUUUAAAUCUUGGUUCUUGUCUCUUGCGUGGUUCACUUAAACCCCAGGCAAGAGAGCUGCUGAGUCAUAUUGAAUUGGCUAACUCAAAGCUACGUGGGACUAAUCUUCAAGAUAUCUGGAAGGUGGACGACAAUCUUAUAGCUCAUUCUGCAGGCUUAUCAGAUCAUGGCAAUGAUGAGAUGGAAGUUCCAAUCAAUGAAAGCUCUUUAGAUGUUAGACUAGGGGAAGAACCUUCUGAUUAUCUAUCUCAUUCAUUAAAACUUCAGGAUGAGAUUGAUCAGGUUCUCCAGGCUCUUAGAAAGUCACAGGAGUAUGAAUAUAAGUUGGCAGAAGAAAGACUCCAAGAGCACAAGACUUAUUUACAAAAUUUGUAUCAGCAACUGGACAGUGAGAAGUCUAAAUUGGAAUGGCAAAAUUCAUCUCUUUCGGAUGAUUUGUUUCAUGCUGUCAGAGAAAGAAAGGAACAGAUAAGACAGGAAGUGAGGAAAUUCAAUGUUAUGAAAAAGGUAGCCAAUGGUUUUGGCAAGACAUCCAAAGAUAUUUUAAAGGAACAAUUUGGUUUAAAAAUGGCGGAUUAAAUUGAUAAAUCUUCUAAAGUGGUGACAAUUUGAAUUUUUCAGCGGUUGCAUGGAAUUUUCCCCCCAAGCAUAGUCAGAUUGCAUUUGACUGAGGGACUAUAUGAGACCUGAUGUAAGUUCAGUAGUGGUGACAUAAACUAUCCAGCAAAUGGUGAUCCUUUUUAUUAUGCUUGGGAAAAAAAUCUAGGUUGGUGGCUCAGUGAAUACAGUUCAAUACUAAGACUAGGAAAACCGCUGGAAAAAUUUCGAUGAUUUAUCAAUUUAAUCUGUCAUUUCUAAACCAAAUUGUUCCUUUAAAAUAUCUUUGGAUCUCUUUCCAAAACCAUUGGCUAGCUUUUUCAUAACUUCGAAUUUCCUCACUUCCUGUCUUAUCUUUUUCUUUCUUUCUUUCUCUCUCUGACAGCAUGAAACAAAUUAUAUGAAGGAGAUGAAUUUUGACAUGCCAAUUCAAACUCAUUUUUCAUAUUGUGCUUUAAGCUCGUCAUCUAAAGCAUGAGUACGAGCUUUAAACACUCUUGUUACCCUGUUAGGACUGAAAUUCAGAAACUUAUUUUCAUUGUAAAAAAAAAAAAAAUAGUUUUUUUUUUAAAACCCUAGAUGAUGUA